AUGCGAUUACCAACACUUCCGUGGUCGACAGGUUCUUUUCUGAGUUUACUUUUGCUACCUCUCGCUCUGGUUUCUGCAGAGGAACACAGCUCCUACGAUGAGAAUUUACUACUGAGGACACUUCCGGGAAACUCCGUGCUUGCAUCAUUCCGAUUCGUGAGUAAUGGCACCUUCAAUAGUCACCAUUCUGUCUUUCCUCGCUCCCUCGCACAAAUCCUCCAGCAUUCACAAACGAAGGAACUACAUCUUAAAUUUACAUUAGGGCGCUGGGACGCCGAGCGCUGGGGGUCUCAGAUCUGGGACGGGCGAACAGCUGGUGGUACGGGUGUGGAGCUGUGGGCGUGGGUAGAAGCUGGUUCUGACGCCGAGGCGGAUGCAAGAUGGACUACGCUCAAUAAUGCGCUGUCUGGGUUGUUUUGUGCGUCUCUGAACUUUAUAGACAGUACUCAUUGCAUUUGCUCCAUGGGACGCUCCCAAGGGAACCUGUCUAGUAUGAGUAUCGACGUCACACCGGUGUGUGAGGAAAUAGAUGGAGUAGAGAAAUGUCAGCUGCAGAUGGUACAAACAGUUGAUAUGGUUCUCGAUGUUGAACGAUCAUUGAGAAAAAAAGAUUCUGUAAUUCCACGACCACCACACCUAGAUCAAAUGAUCUGCGAUCCCAACAAGUUUUACUCUGGCAGCGACUCCUGUUUCCCCCUGGAUGACAUUUCUGAUCUCUCGUGGUCACUCUCUGAGAUGUUUGGGCGCCCUAUUCGCGGUUCCUGCCCUCUAGCAUCCCUCCCCACAUCUCAAUCGAUCAAUGUCUGCGCCAACGUCCCCGAUCAACGUGCAAUCUAUGUCUCCGCUGGUGGGACUGAAGUCGGUCGGGGUGAUAACAUUCGAUGUUUUAUCCUCGAAGAGAACACAGACUUUGAUAUCAUUCUUCCUGACCAAUCACCUGCAAUUCUGCUCCCGAAUAUCGAACCGCCACUGUACGCAUCGCGCUCCUUCACAGGACAUGGGCAAGAGCGUGGCGGUGUCCAAGCUGUUUUGAGAAAUCCUUCCCCAGACAGACAUGUCGAGUUUGUAUACUUGGAAUCUCUGCCGUGGUUCAUGAAGCCAUACCUCCACACCUUUUCUGCAACUCUUGAUCCACCAAUUGAAACUCAAUGGGAGGAGAAGAUAAUCCAAGAGAUCUACUAUCGUCCUGCCCUCGAUCGCCGUCGUGGUACUCAAUUGGAGGCUAGAAUGAGGAUUCCUCCAAAUUCCACGGUUCUGGUGACUUAUGAUUUUGAUAAAGCUGUUCUCCGGUACACGGAGUAUCCGCCAGAUGCUAACCGUGGCUUUGAUAUUGCUCCUGCUAUAAUAUCGAUAUUAGCCCCCCGAAACAGCCAAACCAUUUUUUCCAUUCGUACUACCUCACUUCUCCUCUCGCUCCCAACCCCUGACUUCAGCAUGCCCUACAACGUCAUCAUUCUUACCAGCACGGUUAUGGCACUCGCAUUUGGCACAGUCUUCAACCUGCUAGUAAGGCGCUUCGUAGGCGCAGAUGAGUCUGUGAGAAUGAACCCGGUUCAAGUGUUGAAGGUGAAAAUUAUGGCGGCAGUGAAGCGGAUUAAGGCUAAAAGGGAAAGAAGUGGAAAAGCGGAACUGGCAAAAAAGAACGAAUAA